CCAAAGAACAUUUACGCACGUCAAUUUGACUAAUAACAAAGUUAUGAGAAUAUCUACUUUGAUUAAAAUUCCUGUGCCUAAGUGUGGAACCAAGGGCGAUUUUUUUUACUAUGGGCAAAGACUCAAGGAGACAAUUUUCUUAUUUAUGCUGUGUGAGCUAAUCUUUGAAGGAUUUGAUUUUUAAGAAAUUUCUGCGAUCUUUUCUUAAAUUGUUAUUGCAAGUUUCUUCGACUAUAAUUGAAAAAAUCUAUAUAAUCAAAAACAAUGUCUGGGACUACGUGUGCCGUAUAUAACUGCAACAAUAGUUACAAAAAACGUUUGCCAGGUAUAACUUUUCACAGAUUUCCGAAAUCAAUUGUUAUGAGAAAAAAGUGGGUACACUUGUGCAGUAGAAAUGCUAAUUCUAAUAUCGCCAACGGCAUAAUUUGUUCUGAACACUUCCUCCCUGAAGAUUUUAAACGUGAUUUGAGAAAUGAGUUACUUGGGUUGCCAUUAAAAAAACGGUUAAAGGAACAUGCUGUACCAUCGCAAAAACUUUUUGAAAUAGAAUCAAAAAAAUCAAGAUUUGCAGUUAAGCAGGUGGAUAGCGUUUUAAAUAAAAAGAAAGCAAGCAUUGUUUCAAACUUUCUAAUUGAGAAAAUUGUAAUUGUGGAUAUCCAAGGUAAAACUGAGGAAACUAUUGUUGAAGUAAAUCAAGGCACUGAAAAUUUGUUAGAAAAUAAAAGUCCAAACUCUUUCAACAAAUUUGAUGCUUCCUCGGUCACCUCCAGAUAUAAUAAAGAACUAUUGGGAAAACAAAAAACUUAAUUUCGAAACAAAAGUUAAAAAAAAUGUAUUGUAAAUCAAGGUACAGAAAAAAAUAGCAAAGUAAAGCCAUUGGAUUGACAAAUAAAAAAUAAAGGUUUUGUCAGAUAACCAAAUAUAACACUAUCAAACAAGAAAAAGAAAAAGUUGUGAAGUUGGCUGAAAAAGGAUUUGUUGUAAAAGAUGCAGUAUUAGAUAAAGAUCAAGUCUCCCAAAUGAUCAGCCAAGUUUUAUCACCACUAUUUUGAGAAUUAGGAUAGAAUGAACCCAGUAAUUUUUGACACCAAUUUUUUACUGAUGCAGAAGUAAUGGAUGAGUUAUAAAUUAAUUAAUAAAAAUGAUAUUUAAAAGAAGGAGUUGCCAUAUUCUUUUGUGCAAAAUUUUUGCAAGUUAUUCAUAUGGAUUUUAUAUUAAAGAGAGAAAGGACAUAAUUUUUCUAUACAUAAGUAUAGUAUUGGAUAUCUAUAAUUGUACAUAUUUUGUUAAUUAUACUUAAGUUUAGUGUUGGGAUUGUUUUUAUUUUAUUUCCUAAACAUCUAUUGCCCCAAAAACAGUCAUAUUUAGAAAAAAAUUGCCACUAUGUAACUAGGCAAUUUUAAUUGAAUUCAAAACAAAAUUUUGAAUGGUUGCAGUUUUUAUGAGUUUCAUCUUUGCGUUGGCUCGUUUUAUGCUGAUAUUAAAGUGAUAGUUAUCGUUUGGGAUUGCUUGAUAUUCAUUGCCUAAAAUUUCUUUCAAGUCUACUUAUGUACAUUUUAGGAGAACUACAGAACUAUACUGGAAACUUGACUACAAGCAACUCAAUGUUUGUAUGCUCAGCUUUUUAUAAUUUCGAAUUUACCUUUAAUUUUUUGUUGCUAGUUUGAAGGUAUUUGCAUUUAAUAAUGCUUUGCUUUUCUACAAAGCGCAGGCUUUGCACGUUACAAUGAAUAAAGUUCAAUCUUUUCCUAUUGUGAACACCUAGAAAUGAGUGAAUGAAAAC